UCUUGGACCCCAUGGAUCUCUCUAAUUCCUUCCUCCUCCCCAAAGGAAACAUUCCGGUCUCCUAAUAUAGUCGCCUUUUCUCGGCCUAGGCUUCGAACCCAACUGAAGAUGAUCUACGUGAUACAGACGUGAUAGAUACAGUCCAUACUCACGUCGGUCUCCCACGAUUCUCAAUCCUGUGCACGUCUUGAGCUACAAGAGGCCACGAUUUCCAAUCACAGCCCGCUCACAUCCUCCGUGCAUUCAGCUCUACGAUGUGAUGCAGCGGGAUUUGGCCAGCUGUGCAGAAUGGCCGAAUUGACCAGUGCCGUCCUCGAAAUAAAUCGCUUGCGCCUGUCGCAUGGUGUUCUUGGUAGGUCACUUUAGGAGUUGAACAAGCAUUUGAUAUCGCAAGGACUACAAUCAUUCAUCUAGAGUGUAACAAACGGACCAUUUUAUGAUUUGCACUGCUGGCGCUGGUAUAUAACCUCAUGGUAUCCGCGUUCUUUGGGCGUCGCUCAGGAUCCUCGUAGAGUUCAGCCGUCAUGGACGAAGCUAGAAUUCGAUUAAGCCCUGGCCGUUUACUCAACGGCUUUCUAGCCGAACUUCUCCUGGCUGGCAUCUUAUAUGGCGUAAUAACCAUGCAGUUUUAUAUGUAUACGGCUCGCUGUGGUCACGAUAGACGUUAUAUCAGGACCAUUGUGAUGGUGCUCUGGUUACUGGAGACAAUACAUACUGGACUGAUAGUCCGCGUAACGUAUUAUUACACCGUGGUUGCCAUCGAGGACCCGAGCGUUCUGCUCCAAAUUGACUGGAGUGUGGGUCUUGUGCUUUGGGCGGAGAUCUGUAUUGUUGCCCUGGUUCAAAGCUUCUACAUUCGACGGAUAUGGAUACUAAGCGAAGGUUGGGUACUUCUUACGGCGAUAGCAACAUUCCUCUUCGUUUCCCGCAUCGGCUUUCUGUCACUUUCGGCAUACCAUAUGUUUCGCUAUCCGACCUGGGCCGCGUUUCAGGAAAACGCUCACUCAAACGUAUUUGUGGAAACAGGAGUUGCACUUUCAGUAGCGGUCGAUUUCGUGGUUGCCUCGAGCAUGAUCUAUUACCUACGACACGCCAUGUCUUCGCAGGAAGGGCGUACUUCAAAGAUGAAUGGUGUUUUGUACUCCCUAAUGGCUUAUUCACUGCAUUCCGGCCUAGCAACCACCGGUGUUUCACUGGCAAUAGCUCUUACGUAUGCGUUCCUGAAAGGAAGCCUCGUCUACGCGGGAUUAGCAGCCAUCGUGUCCAAGCUGUACACCAAUUCCCUUCUUGGAAUGCUGAACGCUCGUGAGGCCCUUCGUUCAAGAAUUUCCGGAACCGCAGUGGAAAUCAACGCCGAUGCUCUCGAGCGAUGUUGACUCACAUCACACGCACAGAUUCUUCGCCUCUGUUCACUCGCUCCUAUCCUCAAGGACCAUUCAUAAUCACACGUUGAACAAGCUGCUUCUUGUUCAAUGCACAUACCCAUAUCAAUAACCUGUAUACACAUUCUAUUCACUACUUCCCACAUUCGUUUAGGUACUCGCAAAUUCUAUGCGCUCGCAUGUACAUGCCUGACCUCUACAUCACGACCACAAUACACUUAUGGCGUUUCUCAGA